AGUUGUUCCAUUGGACGACAACAGGAAACAAUUUACUAGGUUUCUGUUACCUAUCACACGGAAAGUUCUUGCCUUCUUGGCAAUGGGAUAGAUACUUAGGUACAACAUCUGCUUGGUGAUUUCAGGGCAGUCGCAGCCUUCCUAUAGCAUCCUGAAGCUAUCCGGCAGUUACUCCGGAAGUAGCAUUCUCACCUGAACGGCACCUAUCAUCCGGCGCUUGCCCAGGGUGUUCCUGAGCUGGACGGCUGUUCGGCAUUUGCUCGGUGUUGAAUAUGCUACAAUGGACGGUCGAUGUUUCCAAGGUUUGGUGUGUUUGGUGUAGCAAGUUAUCGGACGAUGCCGGUCCUUGGUUGCUUAAUUAUGAGCUGUGACGACAUCCAUUCCAUUGAGUUUUUAGACCUUUUUUUGUGUCCGUCUUUUAUGUUUUCAUUACCCAUUUGUCUGAGAGAGCUUCAAUUCCUGCCCUCAAGUUACCCAUUAUUGAGUCACCUAUUGACUCAUCUCACAAACAUCAUUACACAGGUAUCGAAGCAGUUGCUUUUGGUCUCUAUCGCUUCCUUGACUGCAGAUGGUCUGCCUCUAGGUUAACUACAUGCCAAAGCUCUAAUUCACACAUCUUUUGAAGUUCGUCAAUUCAUUUUAUUCCCGAAAAUGCAGCUCUAUAACUGCCGUUGCGUUUCUACGUGGCAGCUAUUGGUCACCGGACUCGCAUUGAGCAACCCCGGUCUUGCAGUUCCGGUUGAGGACAGCCCGUGGCAAUAUCUUCUGGCCGGUAUCGAACUUCCGCCGAAAUACAGCGCAAAGUCGCAAUCACCCUAUAAACCAGGCUUUAGAGAUCCUUACGAUAAAGCUGUCGACUCGAUCGGCGAAGGCCUUGAUCCUCUUCCAUAUAGAAAUGGUUUCGGUACCUCAGUCCUUGGCCCCUGGAACCGCGAUCGCUCUCGUCAGAACCCAGAUCUGGUCAGACCUCCAAGUACGGAUCAUGGAAAUUUGAACAAUAUGCGAUGGAGUUUCGCUGAUUCUCACGUGCGCAUCGAGGAAGGAGGAUGGACUCGACAAACUACCGUUAGGGAAUUGGGUACUAGCGUAGAGCUGGCUGCUGUGAACAUGCGACUUGAUAAAGGGGUUAUUCGAGAGUUGCAUUGGCACAAGGAAGCCGAGUGGGCAUUUGUCCUUGAUGGCCAGGUUCGUGUGACAGCCAUCGAUUAUGAAGGCGGUAACUUCAUUGAUGACCUUAAGAGGGGAGACCUUUGGUACUUUCCAAGCGGCGUCCCUCAUUCUCUUCAGGGACUUGGCGAUAACGGUACCGAAUUUCUUCUAAUAUUCGACGACGGAAACUUUUCCGAGGAAUCUACUUUUAUCCUAUCUGACUGGUUAGCUCACACUCCCAAGUCGGUUAUAGCAAAGAAUUUCAACUUAGCACCUGAAGUGUUUGCCCACCUCCCCGAAAAGGAGAAGUAUAUUUUCCAAGGCACACAGCCCGGCGAGAUUGGGGAGGAAAAACCGACUGGCAAAGGCGUUAAGAAGUCCAAGACCAAUUUCGUCCACAGAAUGCUUGAACAAGAACCCCUCGUCACUAGCGGCGGAGAAGUCCGUAUCACGGAUUCCAAAAACUUCCCCGUAUCAAAGACUGUGGCAGCAGCACAUAUGACCAUCCAACCUGGAGCCCUGCGCGAGAUGCAUUGGCAUCCGAAUGCCGACGAAUGGAAUUUCAUCAUUAGAGGCCGAGCCCGAAUCACAAUAUUUGCCUCUGAAGGUACCGCCCGAACAUUCGAUUAUGUCCCCGGUGACGUAGGUAUUAUUCCAAGGAACAUGGGCCAUUUCGUGGAGAACAUUGGGGACGAGCCAAUCGAGAUGCUGGAAGUCUUCCGCGCAGACGAGUUUAGAGACUUUUCUCUGUUUCAGUGGCUGGGCGAAACACCAAAGAGGAUGGUCGUGGACCAUCUUUUCAAGGACGAUCCGAAGAACGGUGAAAUCUUCUGGAACAAAGUUCAGAGCGCCGAGAGAGACGAAAUCACUCUUCCUGACUUUGACGAAAGAGAGCCCGAGCACCGUGAAUUGUAAACAUCGGGAUUCCAAUCUCAUGAUCAAUCCUAGUCAAAGUUUAUCUGACUUUCCAGAUGCUUCAUGAAAAGUUAGCAUUUUUUGUAUAUUAUUGCGAAUAUUCCAUCAAAUAGUGCGAUAUAUCAAUUUAGCGAGUUUUAUUCUUGUCCGCUGCAUACUGCUAUAAUCCCUGAGUAUUGUAAAAAGAGGUUUCGUAAAAAGGGGUAAGCCGUUUUUCCGCUUAUGUUGUGACCACAUACUUCCAUCAUCGUCUUGGCCACGCAUCUUCAUACUUGUCGUCACCUAAAAAUCGAGUAUAAUAAUCUUAUUGGGCUAUAUUUUAAAAGAUGAGCCCAUUUGAUGCGUGAGGCUUUUGCUUGGCUUAUUAGUAAGGUAUAGAUAAACGGGUUUCUUGAUAUUCAGGCUUUGUGAGGCUAGUUACGAGAUGAAAUAUUACAUGGGGGUUGAUAGAUUCUGUCUAGAGCGUGCUGGAGAGUGAGGGGUAGUCGGCGACUGCCUUUAGA